AUGACUGCUCUGACCUCAUUACUGUGCCAUAGCAGUAUGAAUCUGGACAGUCUUGCCAGGAUGCUGCCUUUAGCCAAGCUUGGCCAAACUGGAGCCCACAGAGCUGUGAGGAGGACUUUGGGGACUUCUGCGAGGGCUCGGAGAGGCAUCUCUACCUGUUUGACCAAAUGUUACUUCGUCCCCAAGACGAGACAGAUGGGCCCUUUAAUUUCCGGCUGCUCCUCAAGCCACUACAGAUACCUCAGCGCCUCUGCCUCUCAUAUGAACCAGAAAACUCCGUCCUACAGCUACGUUAUUGUUGGGGCAGGAUCAGCAGGCUGCGUCCUCAGCAACCGCCUCACGGAGGAUGCCCAUGAGUCUGUGCUGCUGCUGGAGGCUGGGCCCAAGGACAUGUGGUUUGGCAAUGAAAGACUGUCGUGGAAGAUCCACAUGCCAGCUGCGCUGACCUACAACCUCUGUGAUAACAAGUAUAAUUGGUUCUACCACACGUUACCUCAGGCUCACAUGGACAACCGAGUGAUGUACUGGCCAAGGGGCCGCGUUUGGGGCGGGUCUUCCUCGCUUAAUGCCAUGGUUUACAUCCGUGGGCAUGCUGAAGACUACAACCGCUGGCAGAGGGAGGGCGCCGAGGGCUGGGACUACGACCACUGCCUGCCCUACUUCAGGAAAGCUCAGUGCCACGAGCUGGGAGAAAAUAGGUAUAGGGGUGGCAGCGGACCUCUUCAUGUGUCCAGAGGAAAAACCAAGCAUCCCCUUCACAAGGCUUUCAUUGAGGCAGGGCAGCAGGCUGGAUACCCUUUCACUGAUGACAUGAACGGAUACCAGCAGGAAGGCGUGGGCUGGAUGGACAUGACUAUUCAUAAGGGGAAGAGGUGGAGCACCGCCAGCGCCUACCUGAGACCUGCCCUGACUCGACCCAAUCUGAGGACCGAGGUCCGCUGCUUGACCACCAAGAUCUUGUUUGAUGGCAGUCGAGCUGUUGGAGUGGAAUACACGCAAAAUGGACAGACAAAGAAAGUGUUUGCUGAAAAAGAAGUGAUACUGAGCGGAGGAGCCAUUAAUUCCCCUCAGCUGCUCAUGCUGUCAGGGGUGGGGAACGCAGACGACCUGAGAGAGCUCAGCAUCCCCGUCGUUCAGCAUCUGCCAGGUGUUGGCAGCAAUCUCCAGGAUCAUUUGGAGCUGUAUGUCCAGCAGCAGUGCACUCAGCCCAUCACCCUGUACAAGGCGCAGAAACCGUUCCACAUGAUCAAGAUAGGCCUGGAGUGGCUCAGUCUGUUCACUGGGUAUGGAGCAACAGCCCAUUUGGAGAGUGGAGGGUUCAUACGCAGCCGGGCAAAGGUUACACACCCUGAUAUUCAGUUUCACUUUCUGCCAUCACAAGUGAUCGACCAUGGACGUGUUGCUUCAAAGAUAGAGGCUUAUCAGGUUCAUGUUGGACCCAUGAGAAGCUCUAGUAUUGGCUGGAUGAAGCUCAAGAGCAAUAGCCCACUGGAUCACCCUCUUCUUCAGCCUAACUAUCUCUCCACCGAUGUCGACGUGUGGGAGUUCAGGGAGUGCGUCAAACUCUCCAGAGAGAUUUUUGCUCAGAAGGCUUUCGAUCCGUUUAGGGGUCCGGAAGUUCAGCCCGGCCCUGGCGUCCAGUCCGAUGCAGAGAUCGAUGCUUUUGUGCGUCAGAAAGCGGACAGCGCCUACCACCCGUCCUGCACCUGCAAGAUGGGCUCUCCCUCAGACCCGAUGGCGGUGGUGGACUCGAACACGCGCGUGCUGGGCCUGGAGCGCCUGCGCGUGGUGGAUGCCUCCAUCAUGCCCAGCGUGGUCAGUGGGAACCUGAACGCACCAACCAUCAUGAUAGCGGAGAAGGCUGCCGACAUCAUCAGAGGCCGUCCUCCUCUUGUGGACCCCGCGGUUCCCGUGUACCAGCCUCCAACUCUCGAUGCUCAGAGGUGA